GAUGACAUCUUACGUUCACGUUUGUUUAUGAAGUGGAUGAAAUGCAUAAUAAAAAUGAUGAAUUCGCCAACAAGUCGUCUAAGCGGCAAGCGGUUGAUGCCUGUAUUGACUUUUUGGGUGGCGUAGCUGGUGGCACUGCAUCAGUGUACAUAGGCCAGCCUCUUGAUACAGUUAAAGUAAAAAUGCAGACAUUUCCAGCAUUGUACAAUAAUGCAUUCAAUUGUUUUUUAACAACAUUUAAAAAAGAAGGAAUCUAUAGAGGCUUGUAUGCUGGGACGCUUCCUAGUCUGGCUGCACAAGUUGCUGAAAAUUCUGUUUUAUUUUUAGGAUAUGGUCUUUGUCAAAAAAUGGUUGCUAACAUGGUAGACAAAAAAAAAAUAUCAGAUUUAAAUGUCAUUGAAAAUGCCACGUCGGGGAGCUUAGCCGCGUUUUUUUCAUCUCUGGUUCUUUGUCCAACAGAAUUGAUUAAAUGCAAACUACAAGCUAUGAGAGAAAUGUGCUCAACAAUCAAACAUGAAUCUCCUGAAUUAGCUUUGCAACAUAAAAAUAUAGGUCCUUGGAUGUUAACUAAGCAAGUUUUACGUGAGGAAGGUGUCAAAGGAUUGUUCAAGGGACUUGUGCCUACUUUCAUUAGGGAAAUGCCAGGCUACUUUUUCUUUUUUGGAGGUUAUGAAACUUGCAAGAUUCUAUUAACACCUGAGGGACAGAGCAAAGACGAUUUAGGCCUUUGGAAGACAAUAGUUUGUGGAGGAGUGGGUGGAAUUUGUUUGUGGACAGCAAUCUUCCCCAGUGAUGUGAUAAAAUCUCGCGUUCAGAUUGGUUUAAGUACAGAUAAUUCACAGUCCUUUGUAUCUGCAGUAAAAGAAAUCAUUAGGAAAGAAGGAGGGAGGUCUUUGUAUAGAGGAUUGGGCCCAACUCUUUUACGUACAUUUCCAGCUACUGGUGGACUGUUUGUCGCUUAUGAAAACACUAAAAAAUACCUAUCCCAGGCUGCUGAUUGGGGCGGAAUCGAUUGAAUUUUAUUACUUUUUAAGUUUAGUUGAUUAUUUUAAGUAUUUGCAACCCUAAACGAUGGUUUUGUUGCCUCUUUUAAAAUUUUGAAUUUACUUCUUACCCUUAAACAUGCUGGUAACAUUUUACAAUAUAUUAUGUUGCAUAUGAAAUUAUUUUGCAUACUAACUUUUAUUUUGACGCUUUUUUUUAAUUUUUAUUUUGGGAUUUUAAUGAAUAGUUAUCAUGAUCUGUAAAAAACUUUAUUUAAUGUG